ACGACCUUUUUCAGCGCGGCGGGAUGAAAUUUCAUCCGACAGUUUGACAGCAGAUUGCUACACGAAGAUCGUCCUCUGAGUCCGAGAUGGCGGUCAUCGUAGGAUUCAGCGAUUCUAUUUGCAAGUAUCUGGCCAACCAUGCCACCUUUUCUCCUGACAUUUUGUUUUCAAUGCAUGCUCACCCUGGCGCUUCAGUUUAUGAUUUGACCCUUGAUAUUUCACGUCACCCUUUUGUUGAGCCGGAUGUCGUGUUCGUGCACGUGGGGACCAACGACCUUCCCAUGCACCGUCCACUCAGCCGGACCGUUGAUGAUUUCAGUUCCCUUAUUUCGGUUGCCAAGUCUCGUUUUCCAUCUGCCUCUAUUAUCAUUUCCAGCAUUUUGCCUAGGUUUGACUCUGAGUUCCUUAACGAGAGGCGUUUUGAGUUGAAUUCUCUUUUGUUUCACUUGUGUACACGCCAGGGUGUGUUUUUCUUGGACAAUGGCAACCAGGCUCGCCGGGUCAUGUUUGCCUGUGAUGCUUUACACCUGAGUCGGGCCGGGAAUGUCAGUUUUGCUAAUUAUCUUUCUUUUCACCUGAGCCGUGCUGUCCAACUGCACCGGCAGAGGUGUCAGCCCCCCCACGGCUUUGUGCUGAGGGAUGAAGUGUGGCCUGAGCUGGAGGAUGGAGGGAGAGGUGGGAAGGAUGGAGAGGAGGCAGCAGCAGUGGAUCCAGAGAAGGGGAGGAUGGAGACGGGAGCAGUGGACCAGGAGAAGAAGAGGAUGGAGACGGGAGCAGUGGACCAGGAGAAGAAGAGGAUGGAGACGGGAGCAGUGGACCAGGAGAAGAAGAGGAUGGAGACGGGAGCAGUGGACCAGGAGAAGAAGAGGAUGGAGACGGGAGCAGUGGACCAGGAGAAGAAGAGGAUGGAGACGGGAGCAGUGGACCAGGAGAAGAAGAGGAUGGAGACGGGAGCAGUGGACCAGGAGAAGAAGAGGAUGGAGACGGGAGCAGUGGACCAGGAGAAGAAGAGGAUGGAGACGGGAGCAGUGGACCAGGAGAAGAGGAUGGAGACUGGAGCAGUGGACCAGGAGAAGAGGGCGGGACAGGGACUAGGGCAGUGGGCCAGGGUAGUCAGAGAGGGAGGGAAGCAGGUAGUUAGCCGCAGUAGGGCCCCAAGGAAGGUAGAGGGGGGUAGUGUGGGUAGGGGAGGUCCCAGGCCCAGGGAGAUUCCUGUUUCCAGCCCCAGGAGGGUCCCAGGGAAGGUAGAGGGGGGUAGUGUGGGUAAGAGAGGUCCCAGGCCCAGGGAGACCCCUGUUUCCAGCCCCAGGAGGGUCCCAGGGAAGGUAGAGGGGGGUAGUGUGGGUAGGGGAGGUCCCAGGCCCAGGGAGACCCCUGUUUCCAGCCCCAGGAGGGUCCCAGGGAAGGUAGAGGGGGGUAGUGUGGGUAAGGGUAGUCCCAGGCCCAGGGAGACUCCUGUUUCCAGCCCCAAGAGGGUCCCAGGGAAGGUAGAGGGGGGUAGUACAGGGAAGGUAGUGGGGCAUAGUACAGGGAAGUGGAUGGGAGCAUUAAUGAGUAAAAGGGAGUGGAAGAAGACAAGGGGGAAAAGGCUUAGUCAGUUUAGUGUAGCACAAGGUAGAGGUGAAGUUGUUGGGGGAGUUAGUAGUCGGGGAGAUGAUCAGGUACACUAUGUAGUUUGUCCCACAGGGUGGAGUAGUUGUAAGCUUAGGAAGGGCAGGGAGAGUACAGGAGGGGUUAGCAGGGGGCAGACUAGGCGUAGGAAGGUUAGUGGUAAAACUAAGAAGGAGAAGUACUCAGUAGCAAAUAAGCUAGAGGUAAGAAUGUUAUACAGUGGGCCCCUUAAUCCUUCAGGAUGGGUGGAACAGAUUAAACUUAAGGAGGUGGGAGGAGGUGAGGGAGAUAGUGUUGCUUGUGAGGCUAGUGAUGAGGUAGGAGGAGGUGAGGGAGAUAGUGUUGCUUGUGAGGUUAGUGAUGAGGUAGGAGGAGGUGAGGGAGAUAGUGUUGCUUGUGAGGUUAGUGAUGAGGUAGGAGGAGGUGAGGGAGAUAGUGUUGCUUGUGAGGCUAGUGAUGAGGUAGGAGGAGGUGAGGGAGAUAGUGUUGCUUGUGAGGUUAGUGAUGCGGUACAUGUAGGAGGUGUAAGUGAUAGCCAGGUAAGUACAGAUCAUAGGAGUAAUGUACAGGGCAGGAAUAGUAUUACAGCUUUGGCUUCGGUGAUUUAUCCUUUUUAUUUUAAUUUUCAAGGUGAAACAUAUACUCUAGGCACAACUGACCAGUCAAUUCAGGUUUGUAGCUUGCAAAACAUGAUUAGGGAGUUUUGUGAGCUUGACAUUUCAUUCAAAAGCCUUUGUUUGGGAGGCACACUUCUGUCUGACGAAAAUGACGUAGUAGAAAUUUAUGAUAAAACAGUUAGUGUCAUGCAUUUUGGCCGUGGAGGAGGCAGACCUAAAAAAUCUGUACAUCCAGAGAGGCCCUGCUUCUCAGUUUGUGCCUAUUGUAAGAAGUCAUCAAUCUUUGGAGAUUACAGGCAUCCACAAGGGUGGAAUGAAGAACUUAGGAAAUGGGUAGAUGAAAAUACAAAUCUUAGUAGCACUGAUUCACAUUACAUCCAUGAAGAAGUGAUUAAAGUGGACAGAGACGUUGUGUUCAUGACUGGCUACGAUGCGUUCUGCCAAGACCUAAAGAAGAAUGCAUGUGCGUUCCUAAACGGAAAUGGGGGAACGAUGUUUGUAGGCGUCCUUGACAAUGGUACUGUAAAGGGCGUUGGCCUGACUUCCUCACAAGAGGACGAUUUGUCAAGGUCAGCACACGACACCAUUGCAGACUUCCUACCGGACGUCCCCCCAAGCUGGAUCAAUGUCCGGUUUGUCCCCAUCAUGAAUCUUGAACUGAAGGUGGUCGAGGUACACGUAAAGGCUGGUCCCAUUCAAGAGCUAUACGAAACUGGUGACCACAAGGUAGAUUAUUAA